AUGCGGCGCUCGCUCUUCCUAAGCAGGCGGCUGCUUUGGGAAAAUCCUAUAAUCACAAGCAGAUGCGGACGCCUGCUGCAUACAUCGACAGAUAGCCAAUCGACAUUAAAGUCCACGAACAAACCAGUCUCACCAUCUCGAUACACAUCAUCUGCCAAACGUGACCAAGGGACUUCCACGACAUCUGGCUUCUAUGAUUCGAACUCGGUUUUCCAGUGGCAGCCUGGUAGCGAGCCAGGCAUCGAUACUUCUGCUGACGGUGUCGUGUCGCAUGGCAAAACCUUUCCUGUAAACACAAUCCGACGAACAACCCGAUACGAAGAACUGACCACAGCGACAGNNUCACAAAUAACAGCAGUGGACUUCUGCGAGAACCAAAUUGAGCAGACUGAGCUGGACAACGAAUCACUGGCGNGAUUUUCUCAAAAGUCAAGGCCGGAAUGGGCUACUUGUCGCUGGAUCAAUGUCAACGGAUUGAGCUGGGAUGUCAUCAAAUUGCUAGGCAACCACAAANAACUUCACCCUCUGGCCAUUGAGGAUUUGAUGCACACUGGAAACCGAACGAAAGCGGACUGGUAUCCAGAGCAUGCUUUCAUUAUUAUGACCCUUCAACGACUGACCAAACUUUCGUCACAAAAUGGUCGUAGCGACGCCGAUAUCCAANAAGCUCUUUCGAGCUCGGAAUCUCGUCAUGCUACGCGCGGUCGCACUGGUAUCACGUGGGAGACCGAAAAGACCUUCCAGCCACCGGACAAUCAAACACACCUACGUAGCUUGCAAUCCUAUCGUGGUGACAGAUCGCCCGAGCGAGUCGCGUACAUGGAGAAGAACUCGAUCUUGACACGCAAGAGCCUAGGGGUCUCCAUUGAGCAAGUCAGCGUAUUUCUCUGUAGCGACAACACCGUGGUAUCAUUCUUCGAACACUCUGGCGAUGUCAUUGAAGAACCCAUCUUGAAAAGACUCAACUCACCCGAGACAAUUCUUCGCCGAAGUGGCGAUGCCUCUCUUCUGGUGCACUCAAUCAUCGAUGCUAUCACGGAUUUGGCCAUUCCAAUCGUCGCAACAUACGAANAAGCCAUUGCCGAGUUGGAAAUGGACGUCCUCACUCAACCCGCCAUUGGACACUCCAAAGCCCUCUACAUCCUGACAUCCGAGUUGUCAAUGUUAAGACAACAAAUGCAACCCAUAGCCUCUUUGAUCAACAGUCUCCGCGACCACCACAGCACAGCCCAACUUCUAAACCGCAACACCUCAUCCGCAAACCCCAUUUCCGAUCUCGCUCGACGCAGUUCCGGGCCUGCGAUCAUCAAAACACACACUCAGUCUUCUGUCAACAUUUCUCCAGCCGCGCACACAUAUCUGGGUGAUGUGGAAGACCAUUGUAUCAUGAUUAUCGCCUCUCUUGAUCAAAUGCGCACGCAAAGCGACAACAUGAUUAGUUUGAUCUUCAACACCAUGGGAGCAUACCAGAACGAGAGCAUGCAACAAUUGACUUUUGUCACCAUUUUGUUCUUACCCUUGACUUUCCUGUCUGGAUAUUUCGGAAUGAACUUUGAAGAGUUCGAGCCUUUGAAGAACUCGCAUGUGUAUANNUACUUCUGGUGGCUGGCUUUGCCUAUCACUUUUGGUAUGGUGGUCAUCUUACUGUAA